GACCGCCGGGUCUUGCUUUGGCAUAUGGAAGAGGCCAUCCACUCAAGAGUCAAACCUGUUCAGCUGAAAGGGGAGCAUCACUCUAAUAUCUUCUGCCUGGCUUUCAACAGCGGCAAUACAAAAGUGUUCUCUGGAGGCAACGAUGAGCAAGUUAUACUCCAUGAUGUUGAAAGCACUGAGACCUUGGAUGUGUUUGCCCACGAAGAUGCAGUGUAUGGCCUCUCAGUGAGCCCAGUAAAUGACAACAUCUUUGCCAGUUCCUCAGAUGAUGGUCGGGUUCUUAUUUGGGACAUCCGAGAGUCUUCCCAUGGAGAGCCCUUCUGCUUGGCACACUACCCAUCAGCCUUUCACAGUGUGAUGUUUAAUCCAGUAGAACCCAGAUUACUGGCUACUGCCAACUCUAAGGAAGGUGUAGGACUCUGGGAUAUUCGUAAACCUCAGAGUUCACUGCUCCGCUAUGGUGGAAACCUCUCCCUUCAGAGUGCCAUGAGUGUCAGGUUCAACAGUAACGGGACUCAGCUGCUGGCACUGCGGCGGCGCCUGCCCCCAGUCCUCUAUGACAUCCACUGCCGCCUGCCUGUCUUCCAGUUUGACAACCAAGGCUACUUCAACUCAUGUACUAUGAAGAGCUGCUGUUUUGCAGGUGAUCGUGACCAGUACAUCCUUUCUGGCUCUGAUGACUUCAAUUUGUAUAUGUGGAGGAUUCCUCCAGAUCCAGAAGCAGGUGGCAUUGGCAGGGUCGUCAAUGGUGCUUUCAUGGUAUUGAAAGGUCAUCGGUCAAUUGUAAACCAAGUCCGGUUUAAUCCUCACACUUACAUGAUCUGUUCUUCUGGUGUUGAAAAGAUUAUAAAGAUCUGGAGUCCCUACAAGCAGCCUGACUGCACAGGGGACCUGGAUGGUAGAAUUGAGGAUGAUUCACGUUGCCUCUACACUCAUGAAGAGUACAUCAGUCUUGUGUUGAACAGUGGCAGUGGUUUGUCCCACGAUUAUGCCAACCAGUCAGUCCAAGAAGAUCCACGAAUGAUGGCCUUUUUUGACUCUCUGGUGCGCAGGGAGAUCGAGGGCUGGAGUUCUGAUUCGGACAGCGACCUCAGUGAGAGCACAAUCCUGCAGCUCCAUGCAGGAGUAAGUGAACGCUCUGCUUACAGUGAGUCGGAGUCCUCCACCUCUUUGCAUCACUCCCCACCACAUGUGGCUGAAGAGUCUGAUGAAACUGCCUAUAACUUAAGGGCCUUAAGAUCAACUGCAUCCCCCUCAGCCAGAGAAGACGUGGCUUCCCGUCAGCAGAGGCUCUCUGCACUGAGGAAGUAUCAGGACAAACGUCUCCUGGCCCUUUCCAAUGAGUCUGACUCUGAUGACAAUACCUGUGAGGCAGAACUGGACACAGACCUUUUCCCACGGCCACCGUCCCCGAGCCCCGAGGAGAACGAAUCCAGCAGUUCCAGCAGCAGCAGCAGUACGGAAGAUGAAGAGGAACUGAAUGAAAGACGCACAUCAAUGAGGCAACGCAACGCGCUGAGGCGCCGACAGAAGGUGCAGAAGGAGGAAAGGACUAGCACUAACACGGAGAAUGUAACCCCCUACAUAGGUGAGGACAUCUAUGAUUACCCCCAGAUCAAAGUAGAUGAUCUUUCUUCUUCUCCAGCUUCUUCACCAGAAAGGAGUUCAGCCAACAAAGAAGUUCUCAGAGAAAGGACAUCCCCUCGUUCAGACAGUGAAUCGGUGGAGAGAAAGAUUUAUAAAGCUUACAAAUGGCUUCAUUAUUCUUACAUAUCCUAUUCAACUAGUAAAGAUGGUGAGUCCUCCAGGGGAGAUGGAGAGAAUGACGAAGGGAAACCAGGAACCAGUGGACGGCACAGUACAGCAUGCUCAGUGACUAAGGAAGAUGCUAGGAACUUAAGUUCAGUAGCUCCUCAAGGUUCCUCAGCUCUUUCUGCUGAAAGCCACAACAGAGAAACUUUAAAAGAAUGUGGCAUGAUAGAAAAUUCUAGUAAUGGUCAAGGUCAUGAAUGUGACAAUCAGCGGUGGAUGGAGGGUCAAGAAAACACAUCUGAAGACACUAGCAGUGGAGGUAUAGAGCAUUCUUUUGAGACUAAAACGCUUAAUGGAAAAGCUAACUGCAAAGGGCUCAACAGUUGUACUGAAGAACCUUCAUCCAGCCAUCACUCACUGGUCCCUCCGUUCUCUGCUGUCGCCAUCUGUAGCAUGUCAGGUCACUGCUCCAGAAACCAGACUGAUGGCAGUGAGGAGAGGAACCUCGACACCUCCUGUGUUAACCACAAUAAUGGCCACUUGCAUCUUCACCCGUCAUGCUUCAACAACGGACAGAGUUUUGGAGAGCAGGAGACUGUGACGCAAGGACUACAGGUGCACUCAAACGCUGAUAAUGGCAACCUUGUACAGGUGGGUGUGACCUUGCACAAAGACUGCUGCCUGUCUGAAAUGGACUCCAACAGCUACAAUGUGAGCACAAGAGAGGACACUGCUGACCUGCAUCCUGUGGGCAGUGAGAGCACUCAAUCUCUUGGAGGACUGAAAAGACACAGAGCGGAGUUGGAAGAUGCAGAUUCAGAGAGUUCAUCCUUAGAAAAGAAGUUAAAAACAUGA